CCUCUCUAUCCAACACCCUCGUGAGUUUGAAUCCUCUAUCAGAUCUCUCCAAGGAGAAUGGCCCCAAGCUCUUUCAUCUAUCCUCGUAACUAAAGUUCUCCAUCCCUGGAACCAUUCUGGCAAAUUGUUUCUGCACUCUCUCCACUGCGUUCACAUCUUUCCGAGGUGCAUAAAGCCACAGUAUUUCAGCUGAGGUCUAACAGGUGUCUUGUACCAGGUCAACAUCACCACCCUGCUCUUGUACUCUAUGCUCCUAUUAAUAAAGCCGAGCACACUGUAGGCUUUAUUAACUGCUCUCUUCACUCUCCUGCCUCCUUCAAUAAUCUGUGCACAGAUACCCUCAGGUCCCUCUACUCUUGCUUCCUGUUUAGAAUCAAACCCCUGAUUUUAGGUUGUCUUUCAAUGUUCUCCCUGUCAAAAUGCAUCAGCUCAUACUUUACUGCAUUGCAGCUGAAUAAAGUUGUGAGGGAGAAAGGGGUGGAAUGGCAGCUCAUGUGGAGUACUGGGGCCAGCACAAACCAAUCGGUCCCCCUGCUGUUUGAGUUCUUUGUAACUGUGUUACGGCGGUAUUCUGUCACAGAUCACGCAGUCUUGCGGAAGUGGUUACUCCUGUACGAGCCGGAUGAUGUGCAGUCCAUGGCCAAGGGAUACCUGAAAGUCAGCAUUAUUGUCCUGACAGCAGGGAGCGAAGCACCGAUAGACAAGAGAGGGACUAAUGAAGAGGAUGAUGUUGAGAGUAACCUACUGCAGCCAGCAGGUAUCCUUUCCCGAUGGGUCACUUUUGAGGUGAAGAUCUAUCGAGCGGAGGACAUCUCGCACAUGUCCAAAGGGCUGAUGUCGAACUUGAAGCACGUGUUCGGGGUAGACAAGGAUAAGGAAGGUGUCGACUCGUUUCUGGAAGUCAGUUUCGCUGGCAAGAAGGUAGUGACGAAGGUUAUUGAAAACCAUGUAAAUCCUGAAUGGAACCAAGUGAUCUACCUGAAGAGCAGGUUUCCUUCCUUGUGUGAGAGUAUUCGUUUCACGGUGUGCGAACGGAAGAGUGCUGUGAAAAGCCACCCCUUAGGAACAACAUACCUGAGCAUCUCAAAAAUCUCGAUGACAGGGUCAGAAGACGAUGAAACGCCUGGGUUCCUGCCAACGUUUGGGCCGUGCUUCCUGAACCUGUACGGGAGCCCCCGGGAAGGCUUAGACGGCUCUGACAAGUAUGACGAGCUCAACCUCGGAAAGAGUGAAGGAGUCUCCUAUCGAGGGAGGAUUUUGAUUGAAUUGGUCACGAGGAUGGACGAAACUUUAGGGAAAACCGUUGACAACUUGUCGUUCGAAGAUUUCUCGAUUGUACAGAGGUACUUGCAGAGGCGGAGGUACAGCCUUUGCGUCGUGUUCUACUCGGCUACGCAAAUGCAGGAUGUGAAGGAGCCGGUCCAGUUUGAGGUCAGCGUGGGCAAUUACGGCAACAAGUUUGACAAGUCGUGCAAACUGCACGCCUCCACGACGCAGUACAGCCAUGCUAUGUUUGAUGGCAACUUUUAUUACUACCUGCCGUGGUGUGACACGAAGCCCAUGGUCGCCCUGACAUCGCACUGGGAAAACAUUGAGCACAGACUGGACAGGUUGAACGUCCUCCUCAAAAUCAUUGACAAGCUGGGAGGCAACCUGGAGGAGAUCAGGACGGCGCUGCCAUCUGAAGGAACACGCCUCACUAGCAUGUGGGUGAAAAUGCUUGACCGGAUCGUGAAGGAUUGCAGUCGCUCCUUCCCACCGUUGAAAAGGCUUCCCCAAGUGACCGCCCUCGAUCAGCAGCUGUAUGACCAACAGGUUAUGCUUCUUAAGAAGAUCAGGAAGUCGGCAGAGAAACUGAGAGACAGAAACAUCAACAUGAAGGACAAGCUGCCCGAAGUUGAAGAGUGGCUCGAGAGGCUCUCAGUACUGGCUGAGGAGCCUCAGAACAGCCUGCCUGACGUGGUUCUCUGGAUGCUGGCCGGCGAGAAGCGAGUUGCCUAUGCUCGGAUUAAAGCGCACUCGGUCCUGUUUUCCAGGGAUAGUGAGAAAUCGUGUGGCAAAUUCUGCGGGAGGUUGCAAACAGUGUUCAUGAAGCAACCGCUGGACAAGUCGCAAAAUCAGAGGAACGUUGCUCAGCUCCGUGUGCGGAUCUGGAUGGGGCUGUCUACUGACGAAGAGGAGUUUGAAAAGUACAUUGAUGGGAAAGUUUUGGUCACUGCAGAAAGAUAUGAAAAUCAGGCAAGGGUCAUGGGCCACUGGGGCACCAGUGGGUUGCUGCAGCAUCCGACGUUCUCUGACGCGUUGGGUAAAAUAAAACUGUCAAGAAAGGACUUCUAUCCUCUCAGGGGCUGGCAGUGGGACGGAAAAUGGACCAUCGACCCCGAGAGGUGUUUGUUGUUUGAUGCUGAUGCGGGCCACAAUGAAUUCACUGAUGAAGUUUAUGAGAAUGAAACCCAUUUGGCUGGAGGAGAAUGGAGCCCAGCCUUGGAACAAUACACAGACAAAAAAGGGAAUAGACACUCACCGAUGGAAGAGAUCGAAUGUCCUGUUGGGUGGGAAUGGAAGGAGGAAUGGAUGCCAGAUUUUUAUGGGGCAGUGGAUGAACAUGGAUGGGAGUACGGAAAGGCCGUUUCACCAGAGACGAUGCCAAGGCACUGGAACCCCACAGAGAAAGCCUACCACACGCACCGGCGACGCCGAUGGAAACGCGAGCGCGUGAGGAAACCUGAUCGCUCUCGCCAGCUGAAGAGAGAAGAGAUUGAUUCAGAUGGCUGGGAGUACGCCCCUCUGUUUGGCUGGAAGUUCCACGUAAAACAGAACAAGGGAGACAUUUACCGUCGCAGGCGCUGGAGAAGGCGGCUAAUCCCCAAGGAGCAGCUAGGCCCGGCGGCCAUUUUCAGACUGGAAGGCUCUUUGUGUCGGGAAAGCAGUGAAGGACAUCUGGAGGAUCUUGAGGAACAGGAGAAGCCUGUUGGCCGUCAGGAACUUUAUGGGAUGACCGCACCCUUUAUAUCUUGCAUUCUGGACCCACCCAUUGCCUUCCAGUUUCGUGGCUACAUCUACCAGGCAAGAGGUUUACUUCCCACCGACAACAACAGCUCUGCAGACCCUUACAUUCAAGUGUCACUCCUGCACCAGAGCAAACGCACCGACAUUGUCAGAGGGACUCUGAACCCGAUCUGGGACCAAACACUGAUUUUUGAGGAGGUGGAAAUCUAUGGCAAUCUGAGAGAGGUGGUUGAGUGCCCACCUUUUGUCUCGCUGGAACUCUUUGACAGUAAUCGUGCCAUUUAUCCAUGCCCCCUGGAAGAUGUGCCUCAGUUUAAGGGGCUUCAGGACUUCUGCCACACCUUUAAACUGUACCGGGGGAAAGUGUAUGGAGAUAUCGAGGAUCCAAUGGUUGUAGGCGAAUUUAAGGGUUCAUUUCGGAUCUAUCCUCUGCCAGAAGAUCCGGCAAAACCCAUCCCCCCACCUCAGUUCCGUCAACUGCCCUCGAGUGAGCCGCAGAUCUGUUUAGUGAGAGUUUACAUUGUCCGCGCUCUCAGCCUCCAGCCGAAGGAUCGCUCUGGGACAUGUGAUCCUUACAUUAAAGUCUCACUGGGGAAGGAGACCGUUGAUGAUCGUGAGCAUUACAUUGCCAAUAACCUCAACCCUGUCUUCGAGCCGAAGAAGCUUCCUUACAACUUCCUGGGUCCCCCAGAAGAACGACUCGCUCUCCACGUUCUGCGGCUGCAGAAUCUGGUGCCGGAACACGUAGAAACCCGGACUUUGUUCAACAGCACCCAACCAGGGAUUGAGCAGGGGAAACUGCAAAUGUGGAUUGACAUCUUUCCAAAGAAGUUGGGUCUCCCCGGUCCACCCUUUAACAUCACCCCUCGGGGUCCUGUCCGGUACAUUCUGCGCUGUAUAAUCUGGAACACGAGUGACGUAAUUCUGCAGGAAACUAAUGUAAUGGGCGAAAGGAUGAGUGAUAUAUAUGUUAAAGGUUGGAUGGUUGGGUUGGAGGAGCAGAAACAGAAUACUGACGUGCACUACAGGUCACUGGAUGGAGAGGGCAACUUUAACUGGAGGUUUAUUUUCCAGUUUGACUACUUAAUAGUGGAGCGUGUCCUUGUCAUCAACAAGAAGAACUAUAUUUGGAGCUUGGAUGAGACGGAAAUGAAAAUGCCUCCUAAACUAAUUCUCCAACUGUGGGACAAUGAUAAAGUGUCCUUUGAUGACUACUUAGGCUACCUCGAGAUUAAUCUGAAUGCUUUCCGGUGCCCAACGAAGUGGGCAGACAGCUGCACACUGGAGAAGUUCUUUAAGCAGGAGGACUCCUCGUCUAACAGCUUGCAGAAGAUGAUUUCACUCUUCAAGCAGAAGAGUAUUAAAGGCUGGUGGCCGUGCGUCACAUACGAAGAAGGCAAACCUUAUUUGACAGGAAAACUGGAAUUGACCCUGGAAUUGCUGACAGAACGCGAAGCUGAAGAGCGGCCAGCCGGGAAGGGAAGAGAUGAGCCUAAUAUGAAUCCCAAACUGGAACCUCCAAACCGGCCAGAUACAUCAUUCUUGUGGUUCCGUUCUCCCUUGAAGGCGAUGAGGCACAUUGUCUGGCGCAAGUACAAGUGGUGGGUUGUCUGCACAUUGCUUCUGGUGAUACCAGUAAUCUUCCUGGUAGCUCUCCUGCACGCUAUUCCCAAUGCUCUAGCAAACUUUUUGUUGCAGUCCACCAGAUACCACAGGAAGAAAAAGUGACAGGAGAGAGAGAGAGAGGCCAUCUGGACUCGGAAGGCAUCCAGCCUCGUGGUCGAGGGUGGGGUGGGGGGUGCUCGGCACGGCAGGAACAGAAAGGGAGAAGCUCAUUUCCACGCUGUGGUUCAUUUUGGCGUUGACCAUAGCUGGGCACAUAUGUGCCUCUGUGUGUAUGUGUGUGUGUAUACGUAUGUGUGCUUGCAUGUGUGUGUCAGAGACAGGACUCGAGAAGAGUAAAACAGAAUCCCACGUUCGUACGUGAAACAUUCCGGAGAAGGUGCGCCCGAACUAAAGAAAGAAAAGGUCUCCUUGAGUCCCGGCCUCCCGUCAAUGAACCAAAACUUGAACUCUGUACGGAAGGCUUUGAGGAGUAAGGGUGUGGAAACUCGUAACGUGGGAUUUCCAAUUGCAGCCCAUCCGAGAUUUGUUUCCCAUUUACUUGCAUGUUUUUUUUUCCCUCAAAAAAAAAACUGUGUUUAAAGGGGAUCUUUGUUUCUUUUUCCAAAGAAUUUGUCACGAUAACGUAUAAAAGAAUUUCUUUUUGUUUUUUUAAUUGUUAAAUAUGUAUCAGCCCACUGUAAAUAAAAUGCAAAGAUACUCUUAUUUAACAGACAAUUUGUUUCUCUCUGGGGGCUGAGAGAUUACAGGGAGAGAGACUGGAAGCUGAUUGAAGGGUUCAGAAGUGUGUUUUUGUACAGUAAUGGACACCCUCCAGCAAGUUACAGGCUGCAUGGAAUGCAGGCGUUUGGAUGGUUUAUACUUGGAAUCUAUAAUGGGUACCACACGGCGGCAGUUUGAUUGAGGAGUUCGGGGAUUGAAGAAUGGCUUUCAAGAGACGUCUGAUGUUCAAAGAAGAGGUAAGGGGUCCUUUAAUUGUCUU